AUCUCCAUUGUACUACCUCCACAGCAACUAUAUCAUUCCUUGGAUAAGGAGAUGAAAACUGUACACAAUACACUAGCCCUAAGGUUAGGAGAUGUAGGUGCUGUCAUCACUGCAGUGGAAGAAGAUGAACAUGACAGAGCAUCUGGGCUUCAAGAAUCUUCACAGAAUAGCAGUAACUCAGAGCCUAAUCCAGUUCAACCCAAUAGAAAGUCCCCCCGUCUCCACGCACCAGUAGCUGUUCUGGAGAGUAAGGAUGAGAACAAAGAUCAGUCUGCACGAAUCAUCCACCCAAGCAGUAAAGAAUUUAAAAAGACUUGGGGAUUCCGACAGACGACUAUUGCAAAACGUGAGAAUGCUAUGGAUGCAGAGAACUCUGACACAGCCCUGAGUGAGAACUCUGACCAUUUAACACCCUUAUUGAGAAGGAGCAGACGGCAGACUCAGAGAUCUGCCAGAGUUCAGGAAUUUAUUUCAGCAGCUCAGAAACGCUAUCGCAAAAUGUCAGGCCUCGAUGAUGGUGAAUGUGGAUCCAUUGCAACUUCUGAGGCAGGAACAGGCUCCGAUGGGAGUGUGGAUGUAGAUGAAAAGGGUGUUGGAUCUCUAGACGUGGCCACAGACAAGGGCUGUGCCAGUAUAUUUGAAAGAACAAAUGAAGUGGCUAACUCUGAAGACAGCAGCACGAACAGUGACAGUGAUGAACUUACACUGAAGGAACUACAGAAUCAGUUGAGAAAGCAACGUGGUGGUCAAGAGCAACCUGAUUCACCACAGAAUUCACUCAAAGGACAGGAAAUGUGCGCUGAAGAAAAUCAAUCCAGAAAAGAAUCAAAGUCUGUUGUCACUACAAAAGCUAAAAAGAAAAUAAUAACUCCUGUAAAGAAAAGUACUAAAAGUGGUCCACCUUCAAAGGAAAAAGAAUCGCAAUCACAAUUAGAUGUUAAGUCGGAGUCAGAAGAUGAUGAAAGUUCAACCAAUCAAUCAGACAAUGAGUACAAUGAUCCAGAUAAAUUAUAUUGUAUAUGUAGGCAACCACAUAACAACAGAUUUAUGAUUUGCUGUGAUCGCUGUGAAGAAUGGUUCCAUGGUGACUGUGUGGGAAUUACAAUGGCAAGAGGGCGCUUACUUGAACGCAAUGGGGAAGACUACAUCUGCCCUGAUUGUAGUCCGUCUUCAAGCAAAGGCUCAGGAACCACAGUAAUGAAAUCUGGUCAACAGGAAAGUAAACCAUUGCUGGCGAGCAGCGAUGACCCCAGCUCAACAGUUGAGAAGCGAGAGGGAAACUCUCCCACUGAUCAAGGAAUAAAAGGCAGGAUUGAAAAAGCAGUCAAUCCAAGUGGCAAGAAGAAAAUUAAAAUAUUCAAACCGGCAGUGGAAAUUCCUGCAGUGCCAAAGUGUAUUGGGCCUGGCUGUUCCAACCUGGCCUCUACUGACUCUGUGUACUGCAGCAAUGACUGCAUACUAAAACAUGCAGCAGCCACUAUGAAAUCGCUCAACCAAGCAAAGGAUCAGAAACAAAAGACAAAAGGAAAAUCAAAGCCUGAGAAGGUGACUUCAUCCAAGUCCAUUGCAGAGGCAAGUUCGAAACCUUUAACACUGGGUCCACUCAAAGCUGAAGACUUAAAUACAAAAGAAUUUCCAACGAAAAAAUUGGUAGUAUUGGUCCAUAAGAGUCCUGUGCCACCACAAAAAGAAACUGUAUCAAGCAAUGUUGCAGGGACUUGGACGAUUGAUCAUAAUUACAACGCUGUAAAACCUGAAAAGACUCUGAUAUCUGCUUCGGUAUUUUACAGAUCGUUGACUCCAAAGGACAAGGCAGCUGAUUCCAAGCAGGCUGAUUCUGAAUCUCUCGACGAACAACCUCCUACAACUCUGCAGUCUGCUUCCUCAAAGCCAUCAGCUACAGCGACUAAGCAGCCUGCUGGUUCAGUGGAACAACGUGUUGCACCUAAACGGUCUACUGCAUCUCAACAAAUUUCUUCUAGACAACAAACUGUAUCUAAGCAUCAAGCCUCAUCAAAACAUUCAAUUACAACUAAACAACAGACUUCAACCAAACAAGGCAGCGCUGGGUCAGAAUACCGAAUACCAUCUAAGCAUUCUUCUGCACCCAAACACACUGUGUAUUCAUCCGAGCAGGCUCCAGCUAGAAAAUCUGCCGAUAAACAGCAAGUUCAACCUUCAGCACCGGCUACAAAAAACACCAGCCAGCUGUCUAACCCUCAGAUUCGACAUAACAUCCGCCGGUCACUAAAGGAGAUCCUUUGUAAAAGGGUGAAUGACUGUGAUGACCUUGAUGUAACUGAAGAUGCAAUUGGAAAAAUAGCAGUGAACAUUGAGAAGGAGCUCUUCACCCUGUUCCAAGAUACUCACAGCAAGUACAAGAGCAGAUACAGGAGUAUUAUGUUUAAUUUGAAGAACCCUAGGAACCAGGGUCUCUUCCGACGUGUUGUACGAGAAGAGAUUGUUCCGUUCCACCUGGUACGUAUGAGUCCUGAAGAAAUAGAAUCGAAGGAACUGGCAGUUUGGGAAGAGAGAGAGAGCAGAUCUGCACAAGAUCAAAGUGAAAGAUUGCAGCAUGAAACCAAAGGUUCAGUCUUGCGGGCAGCCAGCAAGCAUGAAGUAGAUAUGGAGGAGGCACCACCUAUGUCGGAUGCUGAUGAGCAGGAAGAUAUCCGUCCUGCUCAGAAGACUAGCCAUCCGCUACCUGAUAUCUUCAGCAGCAUGCUUAAAGACACAACAGAUGAACACCGAGCUCACCUAUUUGAUCUGAACUGCAGAAUCUGCACAGGAAAAGUUCAAGUCUCAGAAGAUGAACCAAUGCCUAAGAAGCCGAAAGUGGUAACCAAAAAAGCAGAACCAAAAUUGAAAUCAAGGCCUGAUGUGAGAUGUCAGCAAGAGCAAGACAAAGCAACAGUGACUGUUUCAAUAGCAGGAGAGAACUCUGGUUUGACCCCCCAAGAAAUGAGCUCUCUUCCCUCUCAAUCAAUAGUCACGACAGCUACCACUGUAGUUACUUCACAGCCUACUUCAGAAACAGUCAGCAACUCCUUCAUGUCACCAGCUAAUAAUCCAACUCGAGUUGUCAGCACAGAGAGAACGUCUGUCACGAUAGGUUCUUCCCUUACCACCUCCAUUGUCUCUAAGCCUACAUUAUCAGCAUCUUCACUUAGUACCGCGGGUUCCGACAAAGUGAUGGGGAGAACUUCUGGUGGUGGAAAGGAGGAGGAAGAGGCACCAAAAUCCAUUUUGACAUCUGCAGCUCCUAAAUCUAUACUGACAAAACCAUCAACUGCACCUGAGCAAAACUAUACAAUAUCAACAACAGUAAGGAUUUCAGAAGCAAAGACCCCAGCUGAAUUGGAUACUUCAUUGUUCCUGUCUCACCUGGAUGCUAUCUGGAAAGGAUUUAUCAAUAUGCAUGGUGUAGCAAAGUUUGUCACUAAAGCUUAUCCAGUAUCUGGCUCAAUUGACUAUCUAGUAGAGGAUUUGCCUGAUACAAUUCACAUCGGUGGCAGAAUUUCACCCCACACAGUCUGGGAUUACGUAGGAAAACUGAAGUCAUCUCUUUCCAAGGAGGUCUGUCUAAUUCGAUUUCACCCAGCCACGGAGGAAGAGGAAGUCACCUACAUCUCGCUGUAUUCCUACUUCAACAGCCGGGGACGUUUCGGCGUGGUGGCAAAUAAUGCCAGGCACAUCAAGGACCUCUAUCUAAUUCCGCUUGCUGCUAAUGACCCGAUUCACUCCAAAUUAUUACCUUUUGAGGGCCCAGGUUUGGAGAAGAACCGCCCGAACCUCAUCCUGGGCUUGGUGAUCCGGCAGAAAGGGAAACGCCGCCCUUUGGAGCCGGAGCCGGAGCCUGAGCCCGAGCCCGAGCGGGGGGACAGUGCCCCGGCCGAGGAGAAGAGGAGCCGGCUCGCUGCCCCGGAGGACUACCCCGUACCCUCGGUGCCAGCGAGUAGGGAGGGCAAGGCUGGUAGGGGCCUGUAUGGAGAGGGGGCAGGGGCUGGUACCCCUCCGGGCUCUCCCCCGCCUGAAGCUGAGUCGGACGCGGCUCCGGCUGCCGCCAAAGCCGCUCCCCCGCCGCCAGCACCGGGUAAGGUGGCUAAUCCCCUGCAGCACAUCCUCCAGACUCUCUUCGGGGGCAAGAAGAGUUUCGAGAAAUCGAAGGAGCCCAGCCCGGAGCCCGAAUCCCAGGCAGCAGCCCCCCUCCUGGACCCGAUCGUGCAGCAGUUCGGCCAGCUCCAGGAAGACAAGCCCCCUGAGCCUGAGGAUGAUGACAACCGGCCGUACGACCCAGAGGAGGAGUACAAGCCCGAGGCGGACACCCCAUACGACCCGGCCGACGAGACCAUCCUGGAGGAGGCGAUGGUGCCAAUGGCCGGAGAGGCGGCUGCUGGCGAGGCCAGGGCCAAGGGCAUCGAGCUCGGGCCCGAGUUGUACCUGAGCUCCUCGCUGCAGGAGCAGCAGAAGAUGCUGGAGAGCCUGAACCAGCAGAUCGAGGAGCAGACCCGCCAGGUGGAGGAACAGGAGGAAGCCCUGAGGCAGCAGAGAGCGGCGGUCGGUGUCUCCAUGGCUUGUUUCUCCGUCUCGGAUGCUCUGAUGUCUCCUCCGCCCAAAGCCUCCUCCUUCAAAGCCGAGCUCUUUGAGGUGCCCGAGCCUGGUGUGGGGCAGCUGCCAGGCCUGGAGCCUGUUGCCCCCUCUGGUCUCUCCCAGAUGAUUGACCAGAGCAGGGACCCUCGCCAGGCUGCCGUCCGGAGGCUGGCCCCUGGCCGAGCGCCCGGGGAAGCUGCAGCCCUCACGGUCGAUCAGCCCGCAGCCACCGCGCCUUUCAACAGCCCAAGGCUCCAGGAGAUGGCUCCCCAAGAGCUCCGUGGCCCAGGCCAGCUCCCCGGAGAGGGGCCCACCCCCAAUCAGCCAACGCACUGGGCCAAUGAGGAGCCCAGGGCCACUGCGGAGGCCCUUCAGCCCCCCUUGUCCCAGGAACCAGCCCCUGGGCCGGGUGGCCUCUCCCAGCCUUUCCCCUUAGUGGAACAGGUUCAUUUCCCAGCUCCCCAGCCUGCUCCCAAAGGCCUAUUACCCACCCCCAUCCUACCUUCCCUCCUAGGUCCCUCUUACCCUGGGGAUCGGCCUGCCUUCCCCUCUCCUCCACGGGGCUCCCAAUCGUUUGGCAACUCUCAGGAGAACUUCCACCCGGGGAACAUGCAGCAGCCCCUGGGACCUUUCCCAAAUUUCCAACAUCCCAACAACAGCCAACACCUCCCCAGGAAAGGCUCGGAUUUUAUCCGGGAGCCAGGACCCGCUUUUCAAAGCCCCAAACCCCUGCCCCUGUUCCCUAGGGGGGCUCCUACUCCUCGGUAUCGCUUCCCAGGCCAGACCCCUAUCCCAGGUUUCAAUCAGGUCCCCCAUCCCAUGGGCAACCAGUCCCCCCAUCCCAUGGGCAACCAGUCCCCCCAUCCCAUAGGAAACCAAUCCCCCCAUCCCAUGGGAAACCAGUCCCCAGCGCAGCAAGAGUUGCUCCCGGCUCCUGGCUCGGGCCUGAAGGGCUCAGACUCGGAGAGAUUGGGAUCGGCUCAAGCUCCUGGCCCAGAUUCCCGGGACCGGGAGAGAUCCCGGCCAUACCCCGGCAGGGGGCGAGACGGCCGGGUGGAACGGCCUGAGAACCGUUACCCAGCCGAGCGGUUCCGCAGGGGAGAGGAGAGACGGAGAGACCGGGAUCGGGAAUACGGGCGCCCCUGGGAGCGAGAACGUGGCCGAGCGUGGAACCGGGACUGGGAGCGAAACAGGGAGAGGGAGAGGAACAGGAGCCGGGAGAGAGAGCACGACCGGGACAGGUACCGGAGGAGGGAACGGGAGCGGGGCCGAGACAGAGAGCGGAGCAGAGACAAGGAGAGAGAGCGCGGCAGAGAGAAAGACCAUGACCGAACUAAAGAGAAGGAGCGGCGAGAGGGCAGCGGGAAAACCAGCGAGCAGGACAAGGAGAGGGAGCGGCGAGAGAACAGCAGCAAGAGCAGCGAACAGGAGAAAGAGAAGGGCCGAGAGGGCAGGAACAGCGAGCAGGAGAAAGAGAGGGAGAGUGAGGACAGUAAGAAAGCAGCAGCAGACAGCGCUACUGCCGCCUCCAACACCAAAGCAGCAUCGUGAGGCUAUCAGCACGGGCAUUUGUUACGGUUCGGACACUCAGAGACUGGCCGGAGAGGGGCAGAAACUGGACAGUGUCCUCCUCUCUGCUCCGCACCUCUUCCCUCAAUGCACGGUCCUGUAAAGUCUGCGGCUGACUUCAAUCCAAAACCAAUUGCCAUGUUGUAAUCGGGGCGAAUUCUGUCGCACGCAGUUCUCUUUCAUGUUUCUGAUAUGAGCCCCGACCCGACCCGACCCGACCCGACCCUCAAGCAAAGGCUGGUUAAAACUGCACUGGCCCAGUGACAUUGACCACAGACACAGCAAUGAAGCAGAGCCGCUGGGUGCUCUCCUUGCUGUGGGGUGGGGGGUUGUCGCCAUUCCCUCCCCCGGGCAGGGGAUACCAGUCUUUAAUCCGACCCCAGUUCGGCUGUCUCAUUAACUGCAGCUAGUUCAAUGGAAACCAGUAAGGUGUUGGGCAGAAUCAACAGCCCCCGUGCGGAGAGGCACAGGGUCAGUGUUUCACAUCAAUGACUUGACCAUUCAUUGAGCCACUCACCCGGUCCCUCUUCAUCAGGAGCUGUUGACUCUCUUCAGCGUGUUUUGAUUCCUGAAACAAAAUUUAAACUUGUGGGUUUCAGUUUGCGAGCCGCAGAUUAGGUUGAAACGUGCGUUUUUUCUAAAACCUCAGGAGUGUCCGAGCGAAUAAUUCGGCGCGGAUUCUGAAUGAAAUGUUGACGCUGUUUAAUUGAUGGAAAGUUGGGGGGGGGGGGGGGUGGGGGGGGGCGGUGCGGUUUAUGGGGUUCUCCAGAUCCACGAGAGGGACGCGGAAAUUCGGGGGAGAGCCAGCUUUGUCGUUGUAAUAUAGUUUCUUUUCUAAUUCACUGAUCAAUUUUUGUAAGGACUUCACAGUGUAACCAUGAACUACAUGUGUCUAUCCUGGUUGCAGGCAGACAAUUCCUGAAUCCCGACCUUCCCGCCAUAAUCCUGGCGGGAUUCCCCCCCCUGUCCCGGACGAUCAUCUAAAUUUAAGGAAUUCUUGUUUCUGUUUUGUAUUUCUGCCUAAAAAAACUAGACUGCACCUAAAAGAGAAGCUCAGGUAAAGACAGAAAGUUAUGUGUGUAGCGACAGUGCACCAAGUGUAGGUCGUUACUUUUAUCAACAAGUAAAAGCCUGCGAAGAAAUUCAAACUUUCGCAGUUUGUCCGCCGACAGGAAUCUCCCAAAUCCCGGGAUUUUGUGUUGGGAGUGGGGUUCUAUCCUCCUUCUACUAUCACUUGGAUGUCUACAUUCUCCAGAUCAUUAUCCAAUAUUGUACACCAAGGGCGAGUUAUCACCCGUAUGCAAAAAGUACACCCCCCCCCCCAACUUUAAUAUUUACCGAAUAUUUCUGUUGUACCACUAACUUUUCUAAUCUUGUAUAGUUUGGAGUGAGUCACUGAUUCAGUCGCGGAGCUCAAAGUGCAUUUACCUGCAUUGUUUUUUUUUGUAAUGGUAUGUGUUACCGAAACCAACAGACUUUAUCACUGGAUAUGAACCGGAUUUGAUUUGCUUAAGGGGGAAAACGAAAUUGUACAGUACGAUUAAAACAAAAAAGAAUCAAGA